UUUCAGUACGGACGGAUUUAUAGUCGGACACGUACGGAAGAAGUAGUUUUAAUUAUUUGCAAACAUGUCAGGGCUAUCAGAAACAGAGCGUGUUGGAUUUAAAAAGAUAUUGAGCUCAUUGACAACAGCCGACUUGUUAUCGCUAAGUGACACAGUCACAAAUAAGAUGAUAGUUGUGGAAAAUGUCACAGAGGCCGUGGAAACUAUUCUUUCCUUCUCUAAAAAUGCCGAGGAACUCCUAAAAAGAAAAAAGGUUAACCGUGAACUAAUAUUCAAGUAUUUGGCCAAAGAAGGGGUGGCGAUGCCCCCUAAUAGUGAGAAACACCAGCUGGUGAGGAGGACGCUGGACCUCUGGUCGUCAGUGAAGGUUGAUGAGGAAAGGCUGCUGCCCACGGGAUCCGAUUUAAAAGAUAUAAAAACUGACGUAGGUUUUGAUCCACUGAUCAUGGGCCAGCAGUUCUGCCAGUGGUUCUUCCAAAUCCUGAACAGUCAGAACCCUUCACUGGGCCAGCAGCCUUUAGAUUGGGGCCCACAACAUUUCUGGCCAGAUGUGCGACUGCGGCUCAUAUCGAGAGUUUCCUUGGAACAGAUGGAUGAGCUUCUGGGUGCUGAACUGGUCAGCCAGCGUCUCUUGGCCCUGACCAAUGCAGAGCGCCUACUCCUUAGUCCCAACUUGCAGCCUCAGGGCCUCAAAGCCUUGGCCUCCCCCCACGGGUUGGUGCUGAUAAGUGUGGCGGGGACUAUCCACAGAGACACAGCCUGUCUUGGCAUCUUCGAGAACAUUUUUGGUCUUAUCCGCUCACCACUGGACAACAGCUGGAAGAUCAAGUUUGUCAACCUAAAGAUCAGAGGACAAGAGGCUGUGGAUGGGGGAGACGUGUCAGCACCUGCUCUGAGCUACACUUCAAGUGAACUUCUGCGUCUUUGCAACUGAUGAAAUAGACCCUUUUUAAUUACAGUAAUCCAUUUACCCUGGGAUGGUUUUAAUUAUUGAGCAUGCUCACUUUUAGUUUUUCUCUUAUUGAAAUUGCCUAACUACAUUACAGAGAUCACUAAGGGUUGGUAUUGUUUGCAGCAACCUUACAAGCACAAAUCCAUUUUCUACUUUCCUGUCUGUUACGUAGUCAUGUAAAGGUUGACAGCUCAGAGAACACUGGCAUUUUCAGUUUAGUUUUUCCUUGUUAAAAUACAACUUCAAUUCAUGGAUUUCAAAAAGGUUUCUUUUUUCAGUUUUUAUCAGAGAAUUAAUUUUUCAUUGCUUCUCACCCUGGAGACCUUUUAGUAAUUACUUAAAUAUACUAUGCAAUGUAAGCUCUACAUUUGGACAUUGUGCCUUUUGUUGCAUAUAAUAGAGAUUUACUUUUAAAUAGGAAAUGUUAUUUUGUAAAUAUGUAAUAUAGUUGUGUAUAUCUCUGGUGUAAUUAUAAUUGUAAAUUGUACGUCGGAAGAAGAAGAAAUUGACAAAGUGACAAUAAAAGGUCCAAUAAAAUAGGCAUUAUUGCAAACAUUUGAUAUUUUACUGUCAGGUGAAUAUAAGUUUUCCAUAAUAUUUACCAGUUUAUUAAUAUUCUCACCCACCAAGCAAACAGAGAAAGUCCACCAGUGCAAACAUCUUUGCUGUGUUUCGUGCACAUAUGAAGAAAUUAUGUUCUUUUUUAGUCUAUAUACAUUAAGAAUGGUUACCACAACUAAUGCAUCUCAAAGCAUCAAUUAUGAAUAAGCUUUCUUGAUUAAAUACUGUAUAGGUAGAGUUGAUUAUAAUUAUAGUGAUAUAAAUGCGUCUUCAUCAACUGCAGUGCAGCUAUUGAC